AUGAGCUUCCGUGCCUACUUCAAGCUCAAUAAUACUCGACUUUGCGAGACGGUCUUGGGCUCGGUACAAAACGCUUUGCUGAUGAACCGGCGCAAUGCACCGAAUGGAGCCGAGACGAGUGGCGAGGAAGGGUAUCCCAUGGCGGACCGCGUUACAUACCGCUACUAUCUAGGCCAAAUACGCUUGAUCCAGCACCAAAUCGAGGCCGGCGCCGAGCAUCUACGCUGGGCAUUUGACCACUGCACCAAUGCACAGCUACACAACAAGCGCAAAAUCCUCAUCCCCUUGGUUGCCGCCUAUCUUGUUAUGGGCCGCUACGCGUCACGAUCGCUGCUGGAAGAAUGUCAGCUCACGAGCGAGUUUGGAAACAUGAUUCGGUACCAUCAACUCGGGUACGGCGCCGGCGUGCGAAGAGAAAUCGAGCGGCAUUGCGACUGGUUGCGCACAAAAGGCCUGUAUAUGAUCCUGUACGAAAAAGCCAUGCUAGGCGCGUGGCGAAACUUGUUCCGGCGCUGCUUGCAGCUUGCACCUGGAGCAUCUGGAAGCUCCAAUGCGCCACCGACGCUGUGCAUGAACUUGCUGGUUGGACCAGCGCGGCUUGCAUGGGAGGAUGCGUCGCUCGGAUUGGACGACAUUGAGUGUAUUGCCGCAAACCUUGUGGACCAGGGAUUGAUGAAGGCCUACAUCCUUCACUCCAAAGGGCUGAUUGUGCUGCAAAAAGGCCCGUAUUUUGGAUUUCCACCCCUGGCGAGCACAUACCUGGCGUAG